GUGCACUGUACCUCUCAGACCAGAUCUUACUCAUAGAGGAAAUCUGAUCUGCUGCAGCACGGAAACAUCAGCGGUGAGAUGGCGAGACAAAUUCCUUAGGGAGCUGCCUGACUGAGAGAGCUGAUCUGGUGCCACCAAGAAGAAUGCUUAAAGAAGGUUUUCAAGCCCAGUGUUCAUGAUAUGAUCCACCUGGCUUACAGAGAUCAACAACCCACUUGUGAAUAAUGGUCAAAAACGAAUCCCACCUGGAUGCUUUGACGCUGGCAAUGCUGCAGAAUAAAACAGUCUCCAUCACCCUCCCUGUUGUGUACACAGUGGUGGCUCUGGUCAGCAUCCCUGGCAACUUUUUCUCCCUUUGGGUGCUCUUAUGGCACAUCAAACCCAAAACACCUUCUGUUAUCUUCAUGAUCAACUUAAGCAUCACAGACCUUAUGCUGGCCAGCUGUUUCCCCUUCCAGAUUUACUAUCACUUCCAAAGCAAUCACUGGAUAUUUGGCAAGACUCUUUGCAGCCUUGUGACAGUGAUGUUCUACUCAAAUAUGUAUUCUUCCAUACUGACCAUGACCUUUAUCAGCAUAGAGCGGUACAUGGGUGUGGUACACCCCAUGAAGUUGAUCAAGUGGAGAAGAAAAAGAUAUGCCUUUGCUGCCUGCCUAGUUAUGUGGAUUUUCUUGCUACUAGCCUUCUACCCACUAGAAACUACAGACCUGACCUAUGAAGUGAAAGAAUUAGGGAUUAUAACCUGUUUUGAUGUCCUCAAAUGGGAUAUGCUGCCUACCUUUGGAGCUUGGGUAGCCUUUCUCCUCACUUUAUUUGUUGUCCUGUUCCUCAUCCCUUUUGUUAUAACAGUUGGAUGCUACAUUGGUAUCAUUAGGAAGCUAGUUCAGACAUCAAGCAGAUAUGGUAAUAGGCAAAAGACUAGAUCCAUAUACCUGGCAAUAAUUGUCCUUCUGUCCUUCGUCACUUGCUUCGCCCCCAAUAACUUCAUCCUACUUGCACAUAUGAUCAGCCGCCUAUUUUACAGCAGCAGUUUGUACCCUGCCUACAAGCUCACCUUGUGCCUCAGUUGCUUCAACAACUGCAUAGAUCCCUUCAUUUAUUAUUUUGCAUCAAAGGAAUUUUACCAGAAAUUCAUGCAAAUAUUUCGCCCUAAGGUACUGCUCAGCGACAGCUUGGAAAACAGAAGGGAAAGUUUAUUUUCUGGGAGGACCAUGUCAGCCAGAUCGAUGUCAAGUGGACCUAUGGAUGGGUUAGAGGGAGUAAAGGUCAAUUUGCAAAGGCAGGAAAGUGUUUUUUAGCUUUAGAUGUUCUCAGAAGAAAGACACCUGUGGAAUUCAUGAGUAGACACAGAAAACUUUUCCUUUUGAAUGGCCACACUCAAAAGACCUUGCUCCAGUGACAGAACUCAAGAUGUACUUAAAUUGCAUUUCAGCAUUUUCUGGUCAGAAAUGGAAGUACUGAAGGAACUGAAUUUAUUCAAGAAGGCACUGAAGCAAAUCAAACACAGUCAGCCUGGAAACAGCAGCCUUGCUGCUUUAGACCGAGGGAUAGGUUUAGAACAGUUACUCUCAGGAUGUAUGAUAGUUAACCAAAGACUUGUGAUUCUCAGUGAAUGUGAAAUAUUACUGUACAUGAAUAAGAGCAUAUACCAAAGCUGGUUUGGGAGUAAGGAAGGUGUUUUUCUAAGUAAUG